UCCUUUCCUUCAGAGGAGUGGAGGAGUCCCUCUUUCCUCUCUCACCCUUUCCAGAAGGAAAGGAUUUCCCUUCCUAGCCAAAAGUGCCGGGAGGUUUCUGGUGGGGCCUCUCUGUCGCCUAUCCAAGUGGCGAGGAGGCCUGGGUCGCGGUUGUAAAGGGACUAGGACUGGCGUGGGGGAGAUACUUCGCACAUGCCCAGAGGUAUUUUGCCUCUUCGGCCAAAUAUAAAGAACGUGGGACCGUUUUGGCUGAAGAUCAGUUAGCCCAGAUGUCUAAGCAGCUGGAGACGUUUAAAAGUAACCUAGAAGAGUUUGCUAGUAAGCACAAACAAGAAAUCCGUAAAAAUCCUGAGUUCAGAGUCCAGUUCCAAAAUAUGUGUGCAACAAUUGGUGUUGAUCCACUAGCCUCUGGUAAAGGAUUCUGGUCAGAAAUGUUGGGUGUCGGAGAUUUCUACUAUGAGCUGGGUGUCCAGAUUAUUGAAGUCUGCUUGGCUCUCAAGCACAGAAAUGGAGGAUUAAUUAUAUUGGAUGAACUCCAUCAACAAGUGCUCAAAGGAAGAGGAAAAUUUGCUCAAGAUGUUAGUCAAGAUGACCUUAUCCGAGCAAUUAAGAAGCUGAAAGUUUUAGGAAAUGGCUUCGGGAUUCUUCCUGUUGGUGGGACAUAUCUGAUCCAGUCUGUGCCAGCUGAACUAAACAUGGAUCACACUGUUGUGAUACAGCUUGCUGAGAAAAAGGGUUAUGUGACUAUAAGUGAAAUCAAGUCCAGUUUAAAGUGGGAAAUGGAACGAGCCAAGCAAGUGCUGGAUCAUUUGCUGAAGGAAGGGAUGGCCUGGCUUGAUACACAAGCUCCAGGAGAGCCACAGUACUGGCUACCUGCCCUCUUUACAGAACUGUAUUCUCAGGAAAUCACACCCGAAGAAGCAAAGGAAGCUUUACCUUGACAGCAUCAAAGAUGUGUAAUAACUGAACACAGAAUUAGGUUGAUUGUUGGUUGUUAAUACGGUAAUAUUGAACAGUAGUUAUUACCUUGGAUCUUAAAAUAUAAGAAAAUUUCUGCUUUGCUAAUACCUAAUUUCAGCAUGUGUUUGAUACUAAAUGUGGAUUUCUGCCAAAUGAGGAUUUUUAUUUAAUUAGCAAGUUUCUGGUUCUUGUAAUGUGGAUGAGAGCAAGAGGGAGUCUGUCCAAAAUUGUAGCCUUUUCUUUCUUUCUAUUGUAAAUGUUUAGAAUGAGGACUAAUCUCAGAUGCUAAAACUGUUUGAUUUCUUUUCAUUUGCUUAUCCCACGAUUGUUGAGUAGUAUAGUGACUGAGCUAUAUACAUACCGAAUCCCUUCACUUGUAAAGGGUUCUGUGUAAGUCUGUUUCUGUAUGAUGAAACAGCAGGACUUCUUUAUUGCUACUUGGAUUUUGGGUAAAGGACCAAACUGUUAUUAUUGUUAUUUCCAACUUAUGUAUUCUUGGAGGUUUCCACAAUUUCAUUUUUUUUAAAAAAAGCAAGAGUAUCUGGAAAGACAGUUUAGAAAGUCAUGGGUAAUGCUUAGUCCAAUUUCAGCCAUUCAGGCAGUCAGGGUUCCUCUGACCUGAGAUAUUGUGUGAAAAUAUACCUUCACAACCCUAACCAUGUUGUGCCUUAAGCAUGUUGAAAUCUGUAAACAGUAAAUAUACCCUUCCAUAUUUGUGCAGUGCACAUACAAAUUUGAAAUUCAUAAAGCUAUGUCUUAAACUUCAUGUUGUGGAUAUAAAACUUUAUCGACAUUUGAAAAACCAUUGACUGCAUUGAAGUCUUACUGAUUUUCAUAAAAUAGCAUGAAAUAUGUUCUGAAUAUAAUUCAUGGAUACAAAAAAAUGUCAGGAUUAAACUUAUUUGAGGACUUACUACUCAUGACCGAAAAGUUACACUUAGCCUAGUAAAAGUUUUCUGUAGCUAUAUUCACAGAUCAUGCCGUGUGGAAGAAGAGACUGCUUCCUUUAACAUCCUAAGAAUCAUUUUAUGAUUUCAUACAAAAUGCAAAGGAAAAUUUAUUGGGAAUAAUUUAUGUGCAGAGUUAGCCUGCUAUAGAUUGAUGCCCAAUCUAAUGAUGUUGAGGUUACGAAUAUAUCAAGAGACAGCUGUUUAUCUAGAAGAUGCAAGCAAUAGGCUGACUUCCCACAAAAAUUACUGAACAGUCAUAUUGUAGUGCAGGAACUCAAUCUAAGGUGCAUUUUACUUCAGCCUAUUAGUAAAAAAAAAAUUCCUCAGAAUUCCCUAUCAAGAGGUGAAACAAUACUGAUAGAACAUUUGCAAUAAAAUGAAUAGUACACUGUUUAUUUUGAAUGCAAAAUUAAUACCUCCAAUGUACAAAAAAUAAAAUCUGAAUUUCACAUUAA